AUGCAGCGGCGCGGGCAUGCGCUGGUGGAUCUGAUCACCUGGCCGUUGCAGUAUAUUCCGGCGGUGGUGCUGGGUCUGAUUUUGAAUGUUCUCGACGGCCUGUCGUACGGCCUGAUUGCGUUCCCGGUGUCGCUUCCAGUGUUUGACAAGUUUGGGCCGAUCGGAUUCUCGAUGUUCAUGCUGAGCACGGCGGUGUCUCAGUUUGUGUUUUCUUCAGGCGCCAGUGGGUUCCGCGGUGCUAACGGGUGCAUGCUGGUUGAGGCAAUCCCGUUUUUGUACGCCAUGUGCGACGUCGUUGUCGGCAACAUCAGCGCGGACCAGCCGGAGCGAAUCGUAGCCACGACGCUGGUCAGCUACGCGAUCAGCUCGAUCAUAACUGGAGCAGUGUUCUUCUUGCUGGGCCUGUUGAAGCUUGGGUCGCUGGUAGACUUCUUCCCCCGGCAUAUCUUGGUCGGGUGCAUUGGCGGCGUUGGGUACUUCCUGUUCCAGACUGGCAUAGAGGUGACCUCGCACCUGAAGCUGACGCUGUCGUGGGAGGUGAUCAAGGAGCUGUUCGUGGUGCCGAACACGCUGGGUUUGUGGACCAGCAGUCUGGGCGUGGCGAUCUUGCUGCGUGUGCUCAACCACCGGUUCACCACCCCGCUGUUCGUGCCGCUGUUUUUCAUGUUUGUUCCGGUAGUGUUCUACGGCAUCGCCUCGGCCCUGGGCCUGCCGAUGGACUUGCUGCGGGAGACAGGGUGGGUGUUCCAGAUGCCUGACGCUGGAGUACCGUUCUACCACUUCUACACGCUGUUCGACUUUGGCAACACAGACUGGUACACGGUCUGGCUGACGGUGCCAACGAUGCUGGGACUAGCGUUCUUCAGCAUCCUGCAUGUGCCGAUCAAUGUUCCGGCGCUUGCAGUCUCGACGAAUGCCGACAAGGUGGACACCAACCGCGAGCUGGUGGCACACGGAAUCUCAAACUGCCUGUCUGGCCUGCUGGGAUCGUUCCAAAACUACCUGGUGUAUUCGAACAGCCUGCUGUUUAUUCGGUCGGGCGGCGACAGCAACUUGGCGGGGAUGAUGCUGGGAGUGGGAACGGUGGGUAUUUUCUUUGCAGGACCCACGAUUAUCGGGUACAUCCCGACGAUGGUGGUGGGAGCGCUGAUCUUCCAUCUUGGGCUGGAGCUGAUGAAGGAGGCAAUGGUCGACACGAUCGGUGUGGUCAACCGCAUCGAGUAUGCGACGAUCGUCCUGAUUGUGGUGGCAAUGGCAGGGAUCGGGUUCAACGAGGGCAUCUUCCUGGGCAUUCUCCUGGCGUGCUUCUUCUUUAUUCUGCUGUACAGCCGGCGGUCGGCGCUGCGCAAGGCGUACACGGGCUCGGCGGUGCGCAGCACGGUGCGGCGGCUGUACCGGCAGCGGCAUUUCCUGGACGAGGUGUGCCAGCAGAUCCAGGUGAUGCGGCUGCAAGGGUUCAUGUUCUUUGGCACGAUCAAUGGGGUGGAGGCGUAUAUCCGUAAGCUGCUGGACCAGCGGCAGUGGGAGGAGAACCCGAUCCGGUUCCUGGUGCUUGAUUUUGCGCUGGUGACGGGGAUGGACUUUAGCGCGGCGGAGGCGUUUAUCCGCGUGCGGCGGCUGCUCGAGUCGCGCGAGAUCUACAUGGUGAUUGCGGGCGUAGCGCAGGCGUCGGAGGUGGGACAGGCGCUGCGAGUGGCGGGAGUGUGGAGCGACGAUGUGUCGGAGUAUGUGCAGACGUCGCCAUCGCUGAACGAGGCGCUAGAGUGGUGCGAGAACGUGCUGCUGCAGUACUACUACAUGCAUCAGGCAGCGAUGGGCGGCGGGGAUGUACCAGCGGUCUACUCGUUUGUAACGGCGCCGGGUCCGGAGGAGUAUGAUGUGUACGGCACGUCGCCGCGGCAGGCCAUGGUGACCGAGGCGUCGCAGGCGAUGAUGCGCAAGGACACGCUUGUCAGCAAGGCGGGCGCAGAGCAGAAGCAGUCGUCGGGGGCUGGGACGCCCCGCAACGCAGUCAAGCCAGCGCCAGCGCUCCCACUGCUGAUGCAGGCGUUCCAGGAUCUGGAGACAGACCAGUCGCUGGAGGAGGUGCUGGAGUUUAUCGCGCCGCACUUCCAGCGCAAGCGGGUGGGGCCGCACCACCACGUGUGGGUGGCCGACACGGCGCCAGCGGGCAUGUAUGUGGUGGAGGCGGGCACGCUGCGGGUGUAUGUUGACAUAGACACGGAAAAGACGGAGGCGAUCGAGUCGAUUCUGCCAGGGACGACACUGGGCGAGCUGGCGCUGGUGACGGGGCGGAACUACUCGACGACGGUGGUGACAGACGGCGACGUGACGCUGUGGGAGCUGUCGAAGCGAAAGUUCGACGAGCUGUGCGUGCAGGAUCCGGCAAAGAUGCUGGCGUUUACGAGGCUGGCGCUGGCAUACUCGGCGCAGGGCAUGAGCACGAUCACGGCAUAUGCGUUCACCGCGCAGUGA